CUGCUAGGUGUUUUCUACAGUUUGCAGUAGGUUAAGCACCGAGCAUUCGCCUUAGGGAAAUAGACGUUUUAUCACUUAUUUUUUGUAUAAAGGUAUGUUAUAAUCUUUGCUGUUGUUUUGUAGUAGUGUUGUUGCUAAAAUAAACUGUUCAGUUAAUUGAUGAGUCAAUCUGACAGAAAUUAAUUGUCUACUAUGUUGAUCAUCGAUAAAUCAUUUGAAUAAUUUUUCAAGCAAAGAUUAUUUGGUUCCAUAUUCUUAAAUGUAAGCAUUUUUCUUUUUUGUAUAUGAUGGUAAAUUGCAGAUAUUUACAUUUUGAACUGUUUUAUACCGCCUAUGGUUUUAAUAUGUCACCUUGGGUUCAGAGAAAUUGUAAUCACUAUUCUCUAACAUUUUAUAGACAAAAAGAUUCAUUGAUUAAUCGGGGAAAUAGUUAACAGAUGAAUUGAUUUGAAUUGAUAAUGAAUUAUUUAUUAAUACCAGUCCUAUCCUUUAUUAAAAGGUCCUAAAUUCACAUACAAUUCAACAUAUGACAAAUUUCAACUUAAAAAAAAUAAUUAUAGUGAGUAUUCGUAGGCAGUAUAACAAAUCAGUGCACUCAAUGCAGAACCACAUUGGAGAUGCUUUUUGUUUUAUUUAAUCUCGAAAUCUGCAAGAAUGUUUCAUUCUUCUUUGCAUCAUCCAUGUCUUAAACAUCCUAAAAUUAAGAUCCUCAGAGUUCCACAGACAACCGGUUACUGCAAUGGAAAAGUUUGUGAAUAAAAGGUCCAAUCUUAAUGAUGCAAAAAGUCCACGGAAGAAGAUCAAACUAGAGAGUGAUGAGAGGAUCGAGGAGGAGGAGGAGGGAGGGGGGUGAGUUCUCUCAUCCUGUUCCCUGGCAGAAAAUAGAGGCAGAGGGACUAGAUUGUGAUUAUGCUCUGCUGUUCUCCAAAGAAGAAGCACACCACCUUUUUAAACAGCUGGAGGAGGAAGUGGUGUACUCAACAGGAGAAGAAGCAAAGGUCCGGUUGUUUGGAAAGGUGCACAACAUACCCAGAAAGCAGGCUACAUAUGGAGAUGCAGGUCUCACCUACACCUACUCUGGGGUGACACGUUUAGCCUGCCCCUGGACUCCAACCUUGGAAUAUAUUCGGGAUGCGGUCACAAAAACAACUGGACAAACAUUUAACUUUGUUCUGGUCAACAGGUACAAAGAUGGGCGGGAUCACAUGGGUGAGCAUCGUGAUGAUGAGAAGGAGCUGGACCCCCUCUGUCCCAUCGCCUCUGUCUCUCUGGGAGCGCCACGAGACUUCAUCUUCCGGCACAGAGAUGCUCGGGGAAAACAGAGCCACCGACAGAUCAAACCUGUGAAGGUGGAGCUUGUUAAUGGAAGCCUGCUCCUCAUGAACUCACCGACCAACACUUUUUGGUACCACAGCCUGCCUGUUCGCAAAAACAUCUCCUCGCCUCGUAUCAACCUCACCUUUAGACGCAUCCUACUGGGAAGAAAGAAAUGAGCAAGCGUGGAUUAUCACCUGGGCCGAUGGGGCCAGUGUCCAAGAAGCCUCUGACUAAGGGUCCCCAAGUCUAGUCAAUUCUGUCCUUGGACACGUGGACAAAUAUCACAAAUCUAAAACUUGUUUGUUGAUGUUGCAGCAGAAUAACUAAAUGACAGCACAAGGUGAAAUAGGUGAGGACUGUCUAGUGGGAUUCUGGAAUGGAAGGAGCACAUUUUACAGUAAUCAGUGGUUUAAAAAUGAUAUGUUUAAAAUGACACUUCUGACUGACUCAAGCUCAAACUACCGCUUCGGCCACUUUCAGUAAAUUUCAUCAGGUUAAGUUUAGUAAAGCAGCUGGCAAGGUUCCUGAAGAAAGGAAUAAAAUCAACAAUUCUCUUCAACUCCUGAGUGCAGACCAUGAAGGCUACAUUUAGCAUCUUGUGUUCCACUCAAAGGCACUCGUGUACUUUGACAGAGCAAUGGGGCACUGUACGCUGAUUGCAAAUCCACUUAAGCACACAUUUGUAAAUUGAAAGUAUUAUGGUCAAUGGCCUAUGUGUUUGGCCAGAAUGUAGACUGAUAUUUGUCAGACUCAGCUUUGGUUUAACCCUCAUGUUGACCCGUUUUCCUAUAUCAAUGUUCUUUUCACUACCUAAUUGUAAUUCCCCAAAAUAACUUGAUUGAUUCCACACAACGCUCUUUGGCAAGUACACAUCUCUUUUUCAUUAAUUUUGGGGUUGCCUUAUUCAAUUUUAUAGCAUUUGAAAAAAAAAAUUGAAGUGGCUUCCA